UACGGAGGGAGGGUGUGUUGUUCUCUCCUCUGCUUAGUUCACACGCGAGCCCACAAACAAAACAAUGAAGUUUAGACACGUUUAUACUUCUUAAUAUCCCGUGGCAGUUGAUAUCAUGAAUGAAACUUGCUUUGGAUUUGUCAGUUCAAUCUACAAAAAUUGGAAACUUGAUUUAAUAGCGAUGAUAACACAUAUUUUGGGAGAGGAAUAUCUGUUCCGCUCUACCGAGGAGUCGUAAACUUGGCUUUGGAUCGUUCAGCAGAAAUACAGAUGGAGCUGGUGCCCCUGGACGUGCUGUGGUGCCAGUGCCAGGGCAACGCCAACGCCACGCCGCACCUGCUUCAGAUCCACAGCAAGGUGGCGCAGAUGCACGCGGACGCCGCCCAUCACGCCCUCUGCUACGUGGGCGUGGUCCUCGCCCUGUACCUGCUCGGCCUCGCCAUCAUCAUCCGGCGCUCGGGGCGCUCCGAGCGGCAGACGGCAGCGUCGGCGGUCUCGUCCUGCUUCUGCGGCGCCCUCUCCUCCGUCGGGCGCUUCGCCGCCUUCGUCGGGAGGCCAAGGGCGCGGCCAGACCUUCAGCAGCAGCAGCAACAGCCGCAGCUGGUCAAGACCACGAUAUCUCUGCCGCCGGAGCCCCUUCAGCAGAUGCCAGGGGCGCCGCCCCCCGGCAUCCUCAGGCCGACCAAGCCUCCGUCGCUGCAGGUGCACCUCGUGGUUCCCGACGACGACGACGAGAUGGAGAUCUCUAUGAUCACCUCCGUGGCCUAGGGGAGCGAGGGAGGGGAGGGGGGGGGGGCGUGCAGCGUGCCGUCGCGCCCGCGAGCUCUCCCCUCCGCGGGCGCCGCGUGACGUAGCCGAUAGAGAGCUUCGGUAGUGAGCACGUAGACUCCGACCACACCGUCCUGCGCUACCUUCUUGAUGUUCAAUUAGACGGAAUGAAAGCUAAAUGGUUCAAUAAUUGUAUGAUUAUGUGGCCAAAGUAAGUCGAGAAUCAAGAAUAUCGAAAUGUAAUGAUAAAAAGAUGGUUCUGAAAUUAAAA